GCGGAGUACUGGGACGCGCGGUACGCGGAGGAGGGCGGCGCGCCGUACGACUGGUACCAGCGCUACGACGCGCUCCGUCCCUUCGUCCGCCGCUUCGCGCCGCCGGCGUCGCGUCUCCUCAUGAUCGGCUGCGGCUCCGCUCGUACGCAAAGCUUUGCUUUCUCCUAUCAGUUGCGAUUAAUUGCUCUUUACAAAAAUUGCACUUGCUUAACAGUACUGCACGAAGAAGUGGAGUUAACGUUGCGUUGCUUCCGUAUCCCUUUCUUCCCAAAAGUAGAAAGCUCAUUUCUUUUUUCUUCUUCUUCUUUUGUUCAAAUCUGCGCAUGAUAGCAUGGGAACUGGGAAUGGAUGGUGAUCUUCUUCUUCUUUUUUCUUCUUCUUUUGUUCAAAUCUGCGCAUGAUUCGCUCUUAUGGUAUAGCCACGCAAUGGUUUGUGGAAAAGGUCCAUGGCUAGGUGGUGAUUUUGGAAUGAAAUCCCAGCCUCUGCAACUAUAUGUUAUGUCAGAGGAUAUGGUCAGUGAUGGCUAUGUGGAGAUAGUGAACAUUGACAUUUCUUCGGUUGUAAUUGAGAUGAUGAGAAAGAAAUAUUUCAACGUUCCACAGAUGCAAUGUAUCCUUUAUUGCUUAUCAUUUCCCUUGUUGCUCGAAGAUGCAAUCUACCAUCAAUUGAUACCCUUAUGGCUUGCAGACUUGCGCAUGGAUGUUAGAGAUAUGAGUAUGUUUUCUGAUGAUUCAUUUGAUUGUGCCAUUGAUAAAGGUACUCUGGACUCAUUGAUGUGUGGUGUGGAUGCUCCUCUCAGUGCAGCUCAGAUGGUUCUGGAAGUGGACAGGCUUCUUAGACCAGGAGGAGUCUUCAUUUUGAUAACAUAUGGUGGCCCAUCAGUGCGAAUUCCUCAUUUGAAUCAGCCAGGAUGCAAUUGGAAAAUUGUACUAUACAUUCUACCGAGACCGGGUUUCAAGGGUAAGACAAGAAGGUCUGUAUUGGAUCCUGUUCCACUGACCGAGAAUAGUAGACUCCCUGAUGGGUUUAUUCCAGAGGAUCCUGACUCCCAUUAUGUCUAUGUCUGCAAAAAGAUGCAAGGAUUAACAGGGACAAAUUCCCCAACCAUAAACCACAUAGAGACGCAAGAGGGAGAAUAAAUUGUAGGCUGAUUCACAAUGUUUGUGCACCGUUGUGAUUCAUACAAGAGCAGAUGACGUGAUGUUGCCACCAUUAUGGCCAUCCAAAUUUAGAAAGCAUGCGAUUACAUGCAUGUAUAUUUUAACAGAUCUUGUAAGAUUCAGCGAGUCAAUGUAUCAUGCUACAACUGGUUCUUUUUGUGUUGUCUGGGAAGGCACAACAUAAUUGUUUGGCACAUUCGAGGAAGAAAAUUUGUUAUUUGAACAUUUAUUUUCAA